AUGACGCUAGAACUCGGGUUCAACAUCGAGCAUGCGAGGCAGCAGACGACCAGUUAUAUUAGCAUGGAUGACAGUCGCAAUCGAUUCUUGAUGGAUGCGAUAGAGCAACUCAUAGAUCGAGAGACGAGAUUGAAUACCUUAGAACUGGAGUUAGAUGAUCAGAAGGAAUCGCGAUGUGACUAUCAAAAACAGUGCAAACAGCUAAGAGAGGCCUUGUCUAGUCUCGAGCGCAGAAUCGAAAAGAAGGCUUUCGUAGUUAUCCUCAUCGAUGGCGAUGGCGAUGGCGCAAUAUUUGCAGAUGAAUUCCUCCAAAAUUCCGAGGCCGGUGGAGUUGAUGCUGCCCACCGACUUAGGGAAGCCGUCAGACACUACUUGAGUGAAAAAGAGUCAGGGCUCUCCGAAGAAGACACGACAAUAGGAGUACACAUCUGGGCAAAUCUUGGUGGUCUGGCCACGGCUCUGUACCGGAAUAACUCUAUCGCAGCAAAAGAGCAGAUGUUCCGAUUUGCCGAAGGAUUCAACAGGAGCCUCGCUGAAUUUGAUUUUAUCAACGUCGGCAAAGCAAAAAGAGAAUGCUGA